AUGGACGGCGUGGGCGUGAUAUCGGCAUGUAGCCGCGGCGGCGGCGCGCAACACCAAACCCCUCAGCGCGGCCAGGCUCACGCUGUCCAUCCACGACCACCGCCGCCAUCUCGAGGACCGCCACCACCUCCACUACCACCUUCGCCAUCCACGAGCACUGUCGCCAUCACGACCACUACCGCGACCACGACGACCGCCGCCGCUAAUGCUGCCAACACCACCAACGUAACUAUUCUCAUCACGGUCACCAGGGUUAACACCACCGCCAUCGUCUCCAGCGUCUCCAGCGACGAGCAAGCCGGAGCAGUUGUCUCGUGGAAAGACACUGAAGCAAUAGACUCUAUUCAAGUUUCAUUUGCCAACGCAGCGAUGGCUCUCAAGGAGGAAGAGACUGACGAGAUGCAAAAGCUGGUGGCUGAACAAAAAUAUGUAGACAAAGACUUUCCUCUCCCUGAUGAACACUGUUUGCGGCCUCACGAACUCGUGGGAAAACCCAAGAUGUUUGUGGACGGUCCGAGCCAUAUGGAUAUAAUACAGGAGAACUUGGGAGACUGCUGGUUUUUGGCUGCCGCUAGUGUGGUCGCACAGCAUCCAGAACUCAUUCAUCAGGUGAUACCAGUAGAUCAACCUCUCUACGGCAAAGAUUACAAAGGAAUUCUGAUAUUUCGCUUCUGGAACGUGGGGAAGUGGACACGAGUCUACAUCGAUGAUAGACUUUCUGUCACAAAGAAUAAGCACCUAGUUUAUGGAAAAUGCACCAGGAAAAAUGAGUUUUGGCUGCCACUUUUAGAGAAAGCUUUCGCCAAAUUUCAUGGAGGUUACCCCAGAAUCCAGGGCGGGUUUUGUGAUGAGGCGUUCCUAUGUCUAACGGGUUAUAUCUGCCAACGAUUCUUCCUGAAAUCCGCAGUGAAGGAAAAGGAGUUGUUUGGUACAUUUACGAGGGAGAUACAAAACAAUUCUCUAAUCGCAGUUGGUGCUCCGGAGGGCGACUGGAAGCAAGGCAUCCCGGGCCGCCACGCGUACUCUGUGACAGGCGUGUACACGGUGCGCGCGGGAGACAACAUCGUGCGACUGGUGCGCGUGCGCAACCCGUGGGGAGCCAGUGCCUACACUGUGGAGUGGAAGGGCGCAUUCAGCGACAAUGACCCGAAAUGGACUGGUGUAGAUAAAGAAACAAGAAAGAAACUCGAGUAUCUAAAAAGUCAAGAUGGGCAGUUCUUCAUGAGAAUGUCUAAUUUCCUUAAGCACUUUCCUAGGAUUUGGUUUGCAUCUCCAUUCCCCGACUUUGGGGACAACUAUCAAACAACUUCUUUACAGGCAAGUUGUCAACAGAAAGGGAAGAGCGAGCAAAAGAAUGAUAUGGCUCCAUUAUACGAUGUCGUUAUUGAAGUAGUUCAAGAACAAAAUCGAAAAGAGUUUGGCAAACAGCUGUACGAAAUUUGUAUACUUGUAAUGAAGGUGGGAGGAAAGUUUCCAAGAAAAUUUACUGCCGAGACUAUGGAAGAUUUUCAAGAGUGCGAAGGAUCCAAAAUACCAGAACGAUCUGCCAGUGUAACCACCAAAUUGAAACUUGAACCAGGCAAUUAUCUCUUAAUCCCAGGAGUGAUGCAAACAUUUAUAAGUCGACAAUUCCUAAUGCACGCUGAAGCAGUAGGCUACAUUCAAGUCACUUUUGCCAACGCAGCUAUGCCUCUCAAGGAGGAGGAGACAGAGGAGAUGCAAGCGCUGGUGGCUGAACAAAAAUAUAUGGACGAAGACUUUCCUCCGCCUGAAGAACGUUGGAUGCGGCCCCACGAACUGGUGGAAAACCCCAAGAUGUUUGUUGACGGCCCGAGCCAUAUGGAUAUAAUACAGGAGAACUUGGGAGAUUGCUGGUUUUUGGCUGUUGCGACAGUGGUCGCACAACAUCCAGAUCUCAUUUAUCAGUUGGUGCUCCGUGAUCCAAAAUGGACUGGUGUAGAUAAAGAAACAAGACAGAAACUCGAGUAUCUAAAGAGUCAAGAUGGGCAGUUCUUCAUGAGAAUGUCCAAUUUUCUGAAGCACUUUCCUAUGAUUUGGUUUGCAUCUCCAUUCCCCGACUUCGGGGACAACUAUCAAACAACUCCUCUACAGGCAAGUGUUCAAAGGAAAUGGAAUUCGCUCACGUACCUCAUUUCGAGCUCUUGGGACGCAGACAUUAGUACGGAAGAUGAUUUUGGAAGGGAAGUUUUUCUGAAGAGUCCCCAGUAUUCCCUUACUGUUGGAGAAAGCGUUCAACAGAAAGUAAAUAGUGAGGAAGAGAACGAAAUUGCUCCAACAUACGAUGUAGUUAUCGAAGUAGUUCAAGAACAGAGUCGUAAAGAGUUUGGCCAUCAGCAGUAUGGAAUUUGUAUACUAGUAAUGAAGGUGGGAGGAAAGUUCCCAAGAAAAUUUACUGCUGAGACUAUGGACGAUUUCCAAUUUUUCAAAGGAUCUGAAGAACCAGAAAGGUCUUCUAGUGUAACUUCCAAAUUGAAACUUGACUCUGGCGAUUAUCUGUUAAUUCCAGCAGUGAUGCAAACAUUUAAGAGUCGUCAUUUCCUUAUGCGUAUUUACAGCCGAAAACCAAUAAAGGUUGCAGCUAUUGAAAGACAAUAAAUUUUGCAGUUUUCCCAAUAUAUUCAAGGCGUUUCUGAAUACAACAUGUCACACAGAGAGAAAUCAAUAAUGAAAAUAUUUUCCAAUAUCAAAUUUCCUAGAGUCAGGACAAAACACAAGUACAAGAAUCUUUAUCAAAUAUCAUUAGUAAUUAACUGGCAUGUAUACCUCUUUAAAAUAAUUAAGAAAAAUAUUAACAGGAUUCUAUUGAAUAAAUAAAUAACAAACAAUCGGGAUCACUAAGGUUACAUCUUCUUUAAGUGAUAAUAAAAAUAAUUAUUAAUUAACCAAUUAAUUUAAUGACAAACUGUAAAACAAAUUUCAAAUAAAUGUUAAAAAUCCAAAAACCAUUAUUUUAUUGAUCUUACAUUUAGUUUAAAUACCAAGCUAAAAUACGAAAUUACGACUUCAACGUAUUGUCUCAACGCUAAUAUUUUAAAUGAUGAAAUAAAUGUUGUAAAAAUAUAAAAGCUAAUAAAACAUACUUUGAAAGUUCUAACUUUAUGUACGAAAAUAUUCUUAAUAAAGUGCAUGCAAACAAUAUUUACAUGUUAUUUUUUCUCUGUUUUCCCAAUUUAUUGUUGGUUCAUUAUUGGUUUUAUACAAAGGAAAUAUUUUCCAGAAAACCAUGGUAUGUGGCAGAAUACUAGCAGAUUUCUCUACAAAUGAAAAUAUAUCCAAAUGACGUAUUCUUAGAAUACGCUACAUAUUCUAAAACACUAGUGGAAAGCCCAAUACGUCACGAAACGUCACGUUUUGGUUAAUUGAUGAAAUGAUUAAUUUGUACAGUGGAAUCUUCUGGAAUAAGUUCAAUUUUUAAGUAUUUAUUGCUUUAAAUGAUUAAUAAGAAAACUAAAGGCAAAAAAUAGAGUUUUCUUACCCACCAGAUUAAUAAAAAGGAUGCCAAUUGAUAUUGAAAACUAUUUUCCAUACAAAAAUAUAAUAAUAACUGAGAUGUUCAUGAAAUAAAUUCUU